UGCUUUAGAUUUGUAUUCCAAAACCAAAACUGGAAUGUGACAUGCUCUCUCCUCCUUUUUCCUCCUCCUUCCCCACUUUUCUCCUGGCUUCACUCCAAAGGUCUCUGCUUCUUGCUCAUUACAUUCGCAAGAUGAAGCCCCUGGUGGUUACAGUAGUACUGGUAGCCCUGAUGCAAGUUUCUCAGACCUUCCCUACCUGGUACCAGAAAGGAUGGUUGAGACUGUUAAGAGAAGGUGAGAGCUGUGGAGCAUGCAACCUGGAACUUUGCUCUGUGCCUACAAACUGUCGAGCUGGGACUGUCCUAGAUCUGUGUGGCUGUUGUUCUGAAUGUGGAAAUGUGGAAGGGCAGAUUUGUGACUUGGACAAAGGCAGUAAUUUUUAUGGGCACUGUGGAGACAACCUGGAAUGUCGGCUGGACAUCGAUGCCAUAAAGUUUGGUGAAAUCCCUGAGCCACAGUGUGUGUGCAAAUCACAGGUGAAUGUAUGUGGACCGGAAGGAAAGACCUAUGAGAAUAUCUGCCAGUUCAAUGAGUUUGCUGCAGAGAAGGGGACAAAUAUUAGCAUCAAGCACAAAGGUCCAUGCAGAUCAGCUCCUGUUAUUUCUUUGCCACCUCAGGACACCCAAAAUUUCACAGGAAAUGACAUCAUUUUUGGUUGUGAGGUAUCUGCUUAUCCUAUGCCACACCUUGAAUGGAAGAAAAAAGGAAAUAAAAUGUUUCUGCCAGGAGACGAUUCUCAUAUUUCAAUUCAGGCUCAUCAUCAUUACAGAGUAUCUCUGGCAGCUGGACCACAAGGGACAGCACAGAUUAUGGCAACUAUUUUGACCUCACUGAGGAGGAGGAAGAGGAGGAGGCAGAAUACGAAUCCGGAGACUAUGGAAAAUGAAACAAGUGCAGAUUGUGCAAGGGGUUGUAGCUUGGCAGAGUUAGAAGUCCUUUGCAAACAGCUUUAUGAGGGGACAGAUUUAGCACAGCGAAUACAAGCAGAAAAGGUGCUUUUGGAGCUUAUUAACAGUCCUGAAUGUCUCAGCCAAUGCCAACUUUUACUGGAACAAGGAACAACAUCCUAUGCACAGCUUCUAGCAGCAACAUGCCUCUCUAAACUUGUGUGCAAAACAACACCUUUACCUAUUCAGCAAAGAAUGGACAUCAGAAACUAUAUAUUAAACUAUGUUGCAUCUCGACCAAAACUGACCCCUUUUGUGAUCCAAGCACUUGUUCAAGUAAUUGCAAAGAUCACAAAGUUGGGCUGGUUUGACGUUCAAAAAGACCAACUCAUCUUUAGAGACAUCAUUGCUGAUGUUAAAAAGUUUUUACAGGGUACUGUGGACCACUGUAUAAUAGGAGUGACAAUUCUUUCCGAACUAACUCUGGAAAUGAACUUCGUUGAUUAUUCUAGACCUUCAUCAAAGCAUCGUAAAAUAGCUACCUCAUUUCGUGAUACCACUUUAAAAGACAUUUUGAUGCUGGCAUGUUCUCUGCUGAAAGAGAUGUUGGCAAAGCCAUUGGAUCUUCAGGACCAACAACAACAAAAUCUAGCACUGCACCUUUUGAAACUUGUUCUCAAUUGUCUUAACUAUGACUUCAUUGGCAGUUCAGCAGAUGAAUCUGCAGAUGAUCUAUGCACAGUGCAGAUUCCAACAAACUGGCGAUCAAUCUUCCUGGAACCAGAGACCUUGGACCUCUUUUUUGAUCUCUAUCAUUCUCUUCCAUCAAUGCUGUCUCAGCUAGCACUUUCCUGUUUAGUUCAGUUUGCUUCUACAAGGCGAUCCUUAUUCAGCAACCCAGAACGUGCCAAGUACCUAGGUAAUCUGAUCAAAGGAGUAAAAAGAAUACUUGAAAACCCUCAGGGUUUAUCUGACCCUGGUAACUACCAUGAAUUUUGUCGAUUUUUGGCUCGACUGAAGACUAAUUAUCAAUUGGGGGAAUUAGUAGUUGUGAAAGAUUACCCAGAAGUCAUUCGAUUGAUAGCCAGCUUCACGAUUACCAGCUUACAGCAUUGGGAAUUUGCACCAAACAGCGUUCAUUAUUUGCUAACUCUUUGGCAGAGAAUGGUUGCCUCAGUGCCUUUUGUGAAAUCAUCAGAACCCCAUCUCUUAGAUACAUAUGCACCUGAGAUCACAAAGGCAUAUAUUACUUCUAGAUUGGAAUCUGUCUCCAUGGUUAUGAGAGAUGGCUUGGAUGAUCCCUUGGAUGAUACAGCCACAGUAUUUCAGCAGCUGGAGCAACUGUGCACAGUUAGCAGAUGUGAAUAUGAAAAGACUUGUACUCUUCUUGUACAGCUGUUUGACCAAAAUGCGCAAAACUAUCAGAAACUGUUGCAGUCAUCUAGUAGAAAUCCCCUGGCAACCUCCAUCCAAGAAGGACGCUUGGCGUGGCUUGUAUAUUUUGUUGGAACAGUUGUAGGAGGUAGAUUAACUUAUACCAGUACUGAAGAACAUGAUGCUAUGGAUGGUGAAUUAUCCUGUCGAGUCUUUCAGCUAAUUUCUUUGAUGGAUGCCCAACUACCACGCUGUAGCAAUGAGAAAGUGGAACUUGCAGUACUUUGGUUUUUGGAUCAGUUCCGUAAAACAUACGUAGGAGAUCAACUCCAGCGCACCUCAAAGAAGACUGCCCAUCUUUCUGUGAAGACUUGUAGCAAACCAGUCCAUCUUGGGUUUGCCAUCCAUAUUUGAAGAUUUUCGUUCAUCUUUUGGUCCAUGUGGCAGAUGGGGCAAGUUUGUCUUUCAGGGUGUUAUCCAUCAUGGCAAGGUUUAUGCUCGAAUGUCAGAAGUCUUGGGAAUAACGGAUGACAACCAAGUUCUAGACACAUUUAUGGCAAAAAUUGUUACAAAUCUUAAGUACUGGGGACAAUGUGAGUCUGUGAUUUCAAGAACUCUUCAGUUUCUAAAUGAUCUUUCUGUUGGAUAU